AUGGCGCAGUUGGGAAAUAAUUACCAGCAGGAAUCCGUAACCAUGGACGACAUCACAACCGCCGACACCGUUUAUAGUCGCUGUGCGAUGGCCUCGGCGCAACUCACCGUUACUUUUGAAUUCACUUGCAAGUGCUUUAUCCACCAAGGGCUUUUGAUGGCCGAUAACGAAGAAUCCGACUGGGAUCGGAUUAUCCGGCAGCACAUACCACCGAUUGAAAUUUCGAUCACUAAAAAUCAAAUUGAAAUCUCCAACACUGGCGAUCAACUCAUCGAAGAUUUUCUGCGAAUAGCCGACACUGAGCUCAGGCGCUGGCCUAUUAACCCCGAGGGACGAACGUACGUGAUCGAAUCCGCCGUGCUUUAUUUAAUUCAAGCCCUUAGAUGGAAGCCUCCGAGUUCGAAUGACUACAAUAAAAUUUGGAUACACUGCCCUGUUACGGUCAAUCUUAACCAUUUUCUGGAAGAAGGGCGCGAGGAUACGGAUUUGGCGCUUCUGCAGCGUUCCGAGGAUAUGAAUUUGGCGCUUCUGCAGUCUGCCCAGGAAGCGGAGGCACACAUGGUUCCGGCUGCUGAGGGUUUGAUUGAAUCGUCGCUGAAAGAGGCUGCGGUGGCAAAUGAUUCGGAAGAGAGCUGCAGUAUAUGCUUGGAAGUGAUGCGCGGAAAAGCGACCAGGAUGCCGUGCUCGCAUUUGUUCCACGGAGAUUGCAUCAAGAAGUGGCUGAGGAUGAGCAAUUGUUGCCCUGUUUGUCGUUUCGAGUUAGCGACCGAAAAUUGA